AUGGUACGUGGGAAGGCGGGCGGCGAAACCAAGACGCAGUCGCGUUCCGCGAAGGCGGGGCUCCAGUUCCCCGUCGGUCGUGUCCACCGUCUCUUGAAGAAGGGCAACUACGCGCAGCGCGUCGGUGCCGGCGCCCCAGUGUACUUGGCUGCUGUCCUCGAGUACCUGGCUGCUGAGAUUUUGGAGUUGGCCGGUAAUGCUGCGAGAGAUAACAAGAAGCAGCGUAUCGUGCCUCGUCACCUCCAGCUUGCCAUCCGUAAUGAUGAAGAGCUGCACAAACUUCUGGGCAACGUCGUCAUCAGUCAGGGUGGUGUCGUACCCUUCAUCCAGCCCGAGCUUCUUCCGAGCAAGUCAAGUAAGGGAAAGAAGGGUGAGGGUGUCAGCCAGGAGGUGUAA